AUGCGCUCCUUGCGUGCGUUGUUGAUCCUCUGUGGAACCGUCAGCGGACUUGUUCUGAAUGCACUUUUAAUAUACAUUAUCCGCAAAACGAAGGCCAAAACUCGGUCCCAUUCGUAUAUGACUUAUGCGGUCGCUAUCCAAGACCUCUGCUACACCUUGUCCGAAGUGCUUAUACAGCAUGUAAGUUGAUUACAAACCAAAGACGAUAGGCGUGGUAAGAACAAGUUUUCUGAAUUUUCCGAAGGAUUUGCCUUUUAAAACCUUCAGGAAAUCAUCUUGGACAGUGGUGCUCUUUUCUUCUAUUCUCACGGAAUUGAGCAGCUCCUACCCUCUUCAUUUCGUCGACCCGUUUUGGCCUUUCACAUAUGCAUGGUCUACCAAAGCAUACUGGUCAUCCCUGCCAUCUUUUACUACCGUCUAGCAUUACUAGAGAAUCCCUCCGUUUCACCCACAGCAUUCCUCGCACGAAUGAAAACUGUUUUCCUUCUUUCCAGCAUAGGGGGAGUAUUAGCAGCGUUGGCGAGCCGCGCUUGCGAAGGAUACUUGGCAAAUUCGCUGGAGACCAACGUGCAAAUUUUAAGAGCUCUUGAACGCGUUGGAGCGCCAGUUUAUGCGGUGUAUCUGGUAAGUGAAGUGUUGUCAACUUGAAGAUGAAAGAUAAACGAAAUACUAAAAAAUUGUCUUCAGUGGAAUCAAACUUCUCUUGUUUUCAUUAUCUACUCCGCAACAUUAAUGACAGUUGGCCACCUAGUAGCUCUUUAUUAUGUCAUAAUGAGCACAUGGAAAGCCAAUAUUCAUCGGAGCAAAGCGACGUCUAAAACAAGGCAUCUGCAGCUCCAAUUUACAAGAAAUAUAGUGGCACAGGUAUAUUUAACUUGAAAUGGGAUAAUUAUGGGCAAGAUGGCAGACUGUUUUUUUUUUAGUUUUUAAAAACAGCUUAUGAAAAGAUGCUUAAUUUUUCAAAAAUGCGUUUUCAGACAAUUCUCUGUAUUUUGUUCGUCACGAUUCCGUUGUUAACCAUAGUGAUCUCAUUAGUUCUUGGAGCCAGCAAUGAGUAUCUUGGAGCUUUUAUCUACGUUCCGUUGGCGUGGCAUUCCUGCCUGAAUGCUCUUUUUUCUCUCACAUUGAUCAAAUCGUAUAGAAGCAAAAUUUUAAAAAUCAUGAGGGUCGACACAACUUCACACGGUCCGGUUAGCUACAUUACGACGAAUAAUACAAUGUUUCUUCGGCAAAGGAGCAGUCUUCGAUAGAAAAAUACUAUAUUUUAAUUGUAUUCUAAAUUAUUUGAUUAAUUUUACCUCAUUGAAACAAUAAAUGUUAUAUAAUACAUACAUAACUAACAGGGGAAGUACCCCAAGUGCGACGCUCAGAUUUUGAUGAAACUUGGCACAAAUUUAGAGUAAUUUUUUCUAAGAUAUAUGCGAGAAUCCUAGCUCGCGCUUUGCAGAAACAACCGAGAUUUUUAGAUCGAAAGUCGGCGAAAAUUUAGGACUUUUUGUCGAAUUUCAGCACGAAAAGUUUCAUGCCUAUUUCUACCGUAAAGGGUAAUGUUUCUACAAAAAAUCAAAAUUUUCCGCAUGAAACUGCCAAAGUUAUGGCCAAAAAGCGUUUUUCUCUCUGACCGCUCUCCACGUUUAGCGCGCCCUCUCGGCGGCAUAAAUCGUCCGAUAUCUCGACGGCGCCGGCAAAGCGCGAGCUAAAACUUUCAGGAAUUGAUAUUUAGUCUAUUCCCGACGUGUGUGCAAAAUUUAAAGAAAAUCCGAGGGUCGCACUUGGGGUACUUCCCUUGUAAGAAGCUUUGAAAAAGAUAAAUUUCAUCCAUUUCAAGGGCUAAAACACUAAUUGUGUAUGUUUUAGGGCGUAUCCUCAAUUCCAGUCUCACAAAAAUCAAUUGCGAUUUGAAAAAUUCAAAAAGCGACUCAGUUAAGCCAAGACCCACGCGUUGUGAUUCAGGUUGGAAACUGCGAACAUUGGAUAGCAGCAUCAUAGCCGCGUCCCACAUCCGGCCGGGGUCGAACCAACCACCAGCCGAAUGCAAGACGAGCGCACAAACAGUUGCGCUACAAGAGAGCGUUUGCUUUCUUUCUUCUUUUUCUCUUCGCAGGAGGGGAAAACCCUUUGGAGUGUUUUCUUUUUUGUCCUUUCAUCAUUUUUGCCGGCUUCUGCGACUAAAAGUGGAAAAAAUAAUUGAAAUAGACAAAAAACGUGUGUAACUAUCAUGAAAUGCUGACAUUGACUUUUUCAGAGAUUAAAAUGGGCAUAAAUUUAAAAAAUUCAUAAAAGUCAUCAGGUAAAUAUUGCCAUAAUGUUCCAAAAAAGACGCUACAGAAUAUCUUAACGGUUGCAUUCUCAUUUGACACUCUUACAUACACUAAUAUUUGCAUAAAUAAAUCCAGUAGUCAAAUAAACUUUUGAGAUUUUUGCUGAUUUUUCACUUUGUUACGUAGACUUCGUGAUUCGGUCCGAACGGUGCACCUGACGAAUUGUGCACCGGGCUGAACGGGGCACCUGGGUGAAUUGUGCACCUGGCUGAACGUGGCACCUGGGUGAAUAGUGCACCUGGCUGAACGGUGCACCUGACAUUUUAUUGUUUGAACAGUGCACCUAGGCGAAUGGUGCACCUUGAAAAAAAGUUUUUUGGUGCAUUAUUGAAGAAAAUUUGAAAGGUUUUCGUUUCGGGACAACGAAAAAGGAUUUUUUUUGGAAAUUUUUUAAAAAAUUUGAAAGGUUUUCGCUUCGGGACAGGGAAAAAGGAUUUUUUUGGAAAUUUUUUAAAAAAUUUGAAAGGUUUUCGCUUCGGGACUGGGAAAAAGAAUUUUUUUGGAAAAUUUUAAUAAAAUUUGAAAGGUUUUCGCUUCGGGACAGGGAAAAAGGAUUUUUUUUGUAAAAUUUUUAAAAAUUUUGAAAGGUUUUCGCUUCGAGACAGGGAAAAAGGAUUUUUUUGGACAAUUUUAAUAAAAUUUGAAAGGUUUUCGCUUCGGGACAGGGAAAAAGGAGUUUUUUGGAAAAUUUUAAUAAAAUUUGAAAGGUUUUCGUUUCGGGAUCACGAAAAAGGAUUUUUUUGUAAAAUUUUUAAAAAUUUUCAAAGGGUUUCGCUUCGGGACAGGGAAAAAGGAAUUUUUGUGUAUAAUUGAAAAGAAUUUGAAAAGUUUUCCCUUCGAAAAAAAAACCAUUUUUUCUUUGUGAAAAGGUAAAUAUGACAAUGGAGAUCAAAGCAAAUUUUUUGACCGAUUUUUUUGUGUGUGAAAAGAUAAAUAUGACAAGGGGGGAUCAAGGUAAGCCGUUUUUAUCAUUUUUUUUCAUUGUGAAAAACUAAAUAUGACAAGGGGAGAUCAAGGUAAGCUUUUUUUGACAAUUUUUUUGUUUGUAAAAAGAUAAAUGAGGGGCAGCAUAAUGGAUGGAAUGCCAUCUUAAGCUCAAGUACAACGCUCAACAAAUUCAUUGAGUUAAUAACGCGUGAUCUUGAAAAGCAGGGACUAAACAUCCUUCCAAUCUUGACAAAUCAGGCAAUGCCAAAACGUCGGGUUUCUGAUGUAGCCAGAGAUGAGAUCAUAACUCGUGGAUCCGAAACAAUUAUUGAAGAGAUUGCAAGGAGCAUCGUGUUUUCCAUGGAGAAAGUAAAACGGUAAGAAACGAAAGAACUACACUUACAUCUGAUUAUUUUUAGGUUUGCUAGGUUCUGUUCGUAUUUUUGUGGCGCACCGGCAACAGCCCUAUUGGAGUAACAUUUUUUUCACAGACGAAAAAUUACUCAGAACAAGUUGCCUUGAUCUCCCCUUUCAUAUCUAGCUUUUGACAAACAAAGAAAUCAGUAAAAACGGCUUACCUUGAUCCCCAUUUGUCAUAUAAAAAAAAUCCGUCAAAAGAAUUUGCCUUGAUCUACCCUUGCCAUAUUUAUCCCGAAGCGAAAACAUUUCAAAUUUUAUUAAAAUUUUCCAAAAAACUCCCUUCCCCCUGUCCCGAAGCGAAAACCUUUCAAAUUUUAUUAAAAUUUUCCAAAAAAACCUUUUUCCCAGUCCCGAAGCGAAAACCUUUCAGCUUUUAUUAAAAUUUUCCAAAAAAAAUCCUUUUUCCCUGUCUCAAAGCGAAAACCUUUCAAAUUUUAUAAAAUUUUCCAAAAAAAUCCUUUUUCGUGAUCCCGAAACGAAAACCUUUCAAAUUUUAUUAAAAUUUUCCAAAAAACUCCUUUUUCCCUGUCCCGAAGCGAAAACAUUUCAAAUUUUAUUAAAAUUUUCCAAAAAAAAAUCCUUUUUCCUUGUCUCGAAGCGAAAACCUUUCAAUUUUUGUUCAAUUGUUCAUGAAAAAUCCUUUUUCCCAGUCCCGAAGCGAAAACAUUUCAAAUUUUAUUAAAAUUUUCCAAAAAAAUCUUUUUUCCCAGUUCCGAAGUUCGCCCAGGUGCACUGUUCACCCAGGUGCACCGUUCGCCCAGGUGCACAGUUCAAAAUGUGUCAGGUGCACCGUUCGCUCAGGUGCCCCGUUCAGCCAGGUGCACUGUUUGUUUCAGGUGCACUGUUCGGACACAACCGACUUCGUUUUAUUAUCGUUGUUUAAUGGAUGAAAUUCCAAUAGCAACGAAAAUUCACUGAGUGCUCUCACAGCUGAUAUCAUCUUGUUUACCGCGUAUUGCAAACGAACCCUUCAAUUUUAAUAUUUUUGCCUUAUUGAAACAUAUAUAUAACGUUAGGUAAACAAUCAACGUGGAUGAUAAGAUAAGCUAUUUUUUGUAUCGUUUUCUUUACAAUUUUAUAUUCUGUGCUGUUAUUAUUACAGCGAAACUUUUGUUUUAUAGUUUGAUUGCAAAGAAUAACUCUUGUAUGGGGAAAAUCGAAUUUUUCGAAUGUUUCUGUCGAAUGCAUAAAAACACAAUUUUUUGACGUAGAAUUUAAAAUUUCUGGUGAAAAAACGAUCAACUUUUACAUGUCCUAGAUAGGUAUAUAAAGUCGAGCGUAAAGAAUGUAAGUAUUCAUAACAAGACGUUCGUAAAAAGUUUUUUUUGGGAACUUUACAUGGGAUCUCACUAUCUUUCAAGAAUUUCAGGAUUUUUCAGUUAUUUUUUUUUGAAAAAAUAGAGGUUUACCGAAAAAAAACGUGUAAACGAAAAUAAAUAUUCCCAAAGUUUUUUUUUUAGUUUUACAAUCAUAGAUUCCGAAAAUGCCAACUCUAGAAGUCCGGACCAACCUCCGAAAAGAUCAAAUCCCUGCCGGCUUUCUGAAACGGCUCUCUGACAAAGCCGUGGAGAUUACUCGAAGGCCAGAGUUUGUAAGUAAAAACAAUUUCAGUUACUGUAUAAUUGCUAUCCUUUCAGCAAUAAUGAUUACUUUGUUCUUCCAUUUACUUUAUCGAUAUUUUAGCUAAUCUUGGCUCAGAUAAACCCCGAUCAAAUCAUGUCCUUUGGAGGCACUGAAGAGCCCUGUGCGAUUGUCACAACCAGGUGCAUCGGCAAGAUUAAGGAGCCAGAAUACAUCCAUCAAAACGCUAAGGAGUUAACGAGAUUUAUCUCGACCGAAUUGAAGAUUAAGCCAGAACGGUAGGUAAUUUUAUAUGAUCAAUAAACAUUGAUGUUUACAAUUAGAUAGAAGAAUAAUACUUUUCAAAGUUUUGGCCUUAAAAGUUGACGCUUCAUAGUAAUUUUCUAGCUUUAUGCUUUGAAAAGAUUUACGGGUACAUUUUAUACAAAACUAAGAUGAUAAAGAUUACUGUUUCUCCAACUUUAGGUUCUACGUUCAAUUCCAUGAUCUGGCAGAAGAUGAUAUUGCUUAUACCGGCAAAGUUUACACCGAGCUCAAGAAGGAAAUGAAUCUUCCAUAG